AUGGCCCCACAGUCCGGUGAGAGCAAAUCGACUUACCAGAACAACGAGAAGGUGCUUUGCUUUCAUGGUGAAUUUCUGUACGAAGCAAAGAUCCAAGACUUGAGACGAACAGAACCCAAAGACCCCAAGUCUCCUUUUGAGUACAAGAUCCACUACAAAGGGUGGAAGAACACUUGGGACGACUGGGUCUCAUUCGAACGCUUGCGGAAGUGGACGGACGAGAACCGUGAACUAGCAGCCCAACUCCGUCGAGAACACACUCAAGCGCAAAAGGCCGUAUCCAAGACUACCUCGAAGUCUCGUCGCGGUCAAGGUUCGGAGAUCGGUUCUGGAAGAGGUUCAGAGGAGAGAACAUCAUCAGUCCCUGCUGGCGGUGGUAGAGGAUCAAAGCGUGUUCGUGAUAACGAUAUCGAAAAGAACGCUCUUGGCCUCAAUUUGGAUAUCGGACACCAAGGACCCAUCAAUACCCCUGUCUCUAGCACUAUUACCGACAACAUGGAUCCGGACAAAGAGUCAGAGGAAGCCGAAGAAGAGUAUGAUAACAUGGACACCGUCGCACAAGAGCCAGAUGACCCAGCUGGCCUGCGACAGUUUGUGUACCAGCCCCGCAGAGCCGCAAUCAAAGCUGGUAUGGCAAUUGAGAGAUCCAGAAAAUUGAUGCCCCUUGUCGCGAGCCGCUCACCUGUCAAAACGAGGAAAAGAAAAGCACCAGAAAGAGAUGACUCCCUCAAGAGUGAAAAGCCUUCUGUCUCGGCACUACGCACCACCAAGGCGCCAAGUAGCCUGUCAGUUAGCGCAGUCUCCCCAGAACAUUCGCCCAAGGCCAAGAAGCCCAAAGUGGUUGCACGAAAGGGAAUUGCAGUCCGAGUAAACAAAUCUCGCCGUAUAGCAAGUCCUCAAGCUGCCCGCGCCCCGCUAGCACGUCGCUCCGUGUCGAAAAGUCGUCUUCGCCGCCCCGCCGCACCGUCUGAGUCCGAUGGCUCUUCUUCUCCCACAAACACCGAAGAUGACGAAACGGUCAAGCCAGAGUCUAGCGAUCCGGAAAAUGAAAGCAGCGGAGACGAAGGUGUCCCUCUUCUUCAGAACAACUCUCGAAGAUCUUGUGUGGCCAGCUCUGCUGGAAAGCCCAUUCCUAAGGCAAAGCUGGAGUUCUCUGGCAGCGAAUAUGGCGAUAGUGCGGAUAGCGAAAUGACACCUGUCGAGAAUGACCGAAAAGUAUCUGCCAGGUCCAGUGCCAGAAUCACCCUUCAGUCCCAGGCGGAAAUUUCUGAAAAUGGCGUGAAGACUGCCUCAGCCAAAGUCGCCGGUCGCGUUACAAGAUCUGCCGCUGCGGCCUCAACCGGUCCUGCUAUCAGAAAGACUCGCAGCGCCGCUCACGCAAAGUCACCUGCAAAGCCGAUCAAGCGUCCUUCUUCUGGCACAAUUGACUCUCUUCCCGGACAGUCUCAUGCUGCAGAUGGGCCAGAUUCCGCUGGUUACACCUCUCCAAUUGACCAGAGCGACUCUCAGGCGACAGAGACAGACGUUGAAGAGUCUGUGGAAGGCGCACCAGACUAUGCUGAGCUAGAGGUCGAUCCACCCGGGUCUGGCACACCCUUUGACGCUCUGAAAUGGCCUCACCUCCUUCUUAAGAAAGUUAAUCGUAGCGGCACAUGCUUCCCAGAAGGCUGGGGAGAUGAGGAAAUCAGAUUGAUACCGGAUGCAGUCUUCGAGGACAUUCGCAUAGAUCUUCUUGCCCUUUUGAGAUAUGACCUCUUGCUCUACCGCCCCUGGACACUUCUGAAGAAGCUUCCCGACUCUUCACCUUUCUGGACCACGUGGCAGAAACACGAGGGAUGCAAAAUCAUCCAUUCGUUCAUGGUCAAAGUCGAAACCGAACGAGCCAAAGAGGGUGCGAAUACUUUGCUCAAACUUGCCCGUGUUUCCACCGAGCUUGCGCCUUCUAAUCCCAGUAUUGGGAGUGAACAGAAAUACAUUCGCACGACAAGUGUCCACAGCAGACAACAGGAUCUCGCCGGUCUGGGUGCUAGUAAUCUGCCAUUGCCUCUUCGCGCCAGAAUUCCACCGAAGCCAGAACUUACCACGCUGGACCAUUUGGCGCUCGCAGGUGAGGUUGUUGGUUCUGGAACAGCUCAUUAUGUCCUCGGCAAUCCAGGCAACCUUUCCAGGACCACUCAGGGCAACGGAGUCAAGACUGAACCAGCAUCUAUCUCUACUCCAAACACGCAGGAUGGCCCGCUGCCCAUGCGACCACGUUCCAAUUAG